AUGGAGGGCCUUGACAACGGUGACACCGCGUGGAUGGCCAUGUCCUGUGCCUUGGUGCUCUUCAUGACGCCUGGGUUGGCAUUUUUUUACGGAGGACUAGUACGCGAUAGCAACAUCGUCAACACCAUGAUGAUGAGCAUCAUCUCCAUGGGGCUCACGACCCUCACUUGGUUGAUCUUUGGCUUCACGUGGUCUUUCGACGAAUGGGGCGUUGGCAAGGGCUUCACGUACGUGGGCUUCCGUAACCUGGACACGGUGUGGCCGGACACCACGAUGCCAGGCAUGACCUUCGCCGUUUUCCAGAUGACCUUCGCCAUCAUCGCA